CUUUGCGGAGAAAGAUUGACGUGUAGCUAGUUUGAUGUCAUAGAACUGGGUGUCUAUUUUACCCAGUAGGUGUCUCAAAUGGCGACGGUGAUGUCGGUGGAGAGUAGGAGAAGGUACCUGCAACAAUAUAUGCUGCAACUAGUCAAGAAAACUUGUGUUUCAGCUAAUAUGACAAAAAUGUGUCACGAAAUGGCCAUGCACUGUUACUUACAUACACUGUUACAUUGUCUACAACUUGCAAAGACGCCUGCAUUUGUUCGCGCUCAAAAAUUCGAAAAAUAUUUUCAUUAUAUUAGACACGUCUCUUUUUUCACCACAAAAAGAUCGGGGAUGGUUGGUAGGAUGUGUGUAGGGUAUUCAAUUUAUUAUGUCCCUAAUAUUUCUUCGAAAAUUGUUAGUGUUUUGUUUAUGGCACAGGAAUGAAAGUCAGAAUGAGACUACUGACACGACAAACAUAUCGGGCGUUGACAUGUCACUGCAUUUUUCGUACCAUUUCUCAUCCUUGAACAUUAUCCGCCGAUAUUAUCCCACCCGCCAGAAGGGGUUUAUUUACUAAUUAAUGUAAGAGUUUGUACGUUUUGUUAGUUGCAUUUUCUAAAGAAAUCAGGCUUUAUUUUGGCAUUUUUGGGGGCUUUAUGCGAGAAUUUCUAUUAGCAUUAAAUGCCAGUUUUACUAACAUAAUCGAGAAAGGCCUACCUACCAAUGUAUACACGUAUCCGGAAUUUUUUCAAAAAUUUCCGGAUACGGCCGGAAAUUACGCUGGUUCGUACCUGUAAAAUACGUUUUCAAAAAUUUCUGUGGACAUAAACUUUUGGGCAGGCUGUGUAUGUUUUUUAAACUGCCGCUGACCCCUACGUCCAUAAUUAAAAACAAGAUGGCUUCCAGCAAUCGCAAACAUUGCUAAAGCUAAACCCAAUGUAGUCUGUGCAUAAUGGAAAAGAAAGACUCCAGUAUUGUCAAGGCUAUUAGAGACACCGCUGGCUCUUUGUUCUGGAUUAAGGUUGUAGGCAUAGGUAAUGAUGGAGUUGGAAAGACAUGCUUGGUAAAAAACUUCUGUGAAAAAAAGUUCUCAAAAAGCUAUCACCAGACAGUUGGAGUUGACUAUGGAUUCAAGCUGCACAAAAUCCAUGGAGUAGAAUACAGGAUAAAUUUCUGGGAUUUUGGAGGUGAUCCAGACUACAAUGAGAUAAGAUCAGAACUGUAUGGACAAACACAGGCCUGCAUGCUGGUUUAUGAUGUGACAAAUAGAAUGUCUUUUGAGUCUUUGAAGGACUGGCUAAAUGAGUUCUCUUCUAAUGGAGGGAAAAACGCUGUUGUUGCUGUUGUUGCAAAUAAGAUUGACCUCAUUUCCAGAAGAGUAAUUAGUUCAAAGGAAGGCCAAAAAUGGGCAAGAGCACAGGACCUCAAGUACUACGAGACCUCAUCAGCUAAUGGGCAGGGCGUGUAUGAGAUGUUCAAUGACUUACUUGUAACAGUUAUUGACAGGAAACUCCUCCGGGCCAAGCCAGUGGUAACACUAGAUAAAGAUGGCAAGAUGAAGUAAAGCAACCCUGGGAUAUAUAACUGUAUGAUAUGUAAAAAAGCAUUUGCUUCAAAAACGAUAGACCACAUGUUCAGCCAAAGAGUAAACCAGUUUGAGAACAGGCAGGGCGUGUACCAGCUGUUCAAUAACUUACUUGUAACAAUUAUCGACAGAAAACUCCUCCCGGCUAAGCCUGUGGUAAUGUUGGAUAAAGAUAUCAAGAUGAAGUAAAGCCACCCUGGGAUAUAGAACUGUAUUAUAUGUCAAAUAGAACUCAUUGUUUCAAAAACAAUAGACCGUGUGAGUAAACCAGUUUAAUGCUUU